CUAAAGACUCUAAAGAAUACUACUGGAAUUUCUUUCAGCUGACAUAUGGCUCAUUAGCCCAAGAGGAAUUUCAGACCAGUAAGCUCUCUUCACUAUAUUUCAUGGUCCCCAAAGAGGACCAUCAGUACAUUGGGAUUGUCCAACUACUUCGUCAUUUCAAGUGGACGUGGAUUGGGAUAUUUUCAGUUGAUAACAGCAAUGGAGAAAAUUUCUUAAAGAAAAUGCAGCCCUUACUUUCACAGAACGGAAUCUGCUCAGCAUUUAUAGAACAACUUCCUCAACAACUCCACUUGGAAAGAUUCUUUGAACUUUCUCAAAUGAUCUCCAUUAUUUCCAUUAAUAUGAGGAAUAGCAAAGUCAAUGUGUUUCUUGUCUAUGGAGAAGCCUGGACAAUUAUAUGGCUAAGAUUAAUAACAUUUCUGGUAGAUCCUGAAAGCAAGGAAAUGGCAUUAUUAAGAAAGGUGUGGAUCAUGACUGCACAGAUUGAUUUUGUAUUAGCAGGCACUCAAAUCACAUGGGAUCUGAAGAUGUACAAUGGGGCUCUUUCCUUCACUGUUCACUCAACAGCAGUUGCAGGUUUCAAGGAGUUUCUUCAGACCAUAAAUCCUUUUUCAGACUACAGAGAUGGGUUUCGGCAAUAUGUUUGGGAACAAUCAUUUGAUUGUUCAUUUCCAAAAGCAGAGUUACAAGCAAUGGACAAUACUCAGUGCACUGGGGAGAUGAGCUGGAGAAUCUUCCUGGGCCUGUAUUUGAAAUGGAAAUGACUGGCCAGAGCUACAGUAUCUACAAUGCUGUUUAUGCUGUGGCUCAUGCUUUGCAGGCUCUACGCAUGUUGGGUUUCAAUUGGAAGAAAAGUAUGAUGAGUAAAAAAACUGAUCUUCCAAAUCUGCAGCCCUCGCAGGUAUUUUCUUUGAAUUGGACUCUUAUUUCAGUGAGCAGUUUGAUGUAGAAUUAUGUUUUGAACCCAUUCCGGAAAAGUCUUAAUAUUUUCUGCAUGUAGAAUCAAGUUAAUUAUGAGAAAAACAUAGAAAUAAGAAAGAAUGUCUUGAUAGAACAAUGAAGUAAUGCAAAAACUUGCCUUCAGGAAUCCUGGGUGCUACAUAACUGGAGAUUUUAAGGAAGUGAUAUGAGAGUCAUUUGUCUAAAUUGUUGUAGGGUCUUCUCCUUGGACCUUCUCCAAGGUCCCUUCCAACUCUCUUGUGUUGUAUAAAACAGAUACAGAAAAAUUGGUUUGUGUUCUUAUUUUGUCAUUCAGGUAUUCUGCUAUUCUGAUCACUCAGAAGCUGCUAUAAAAAUCAAUAUUUAGGUAUCAGUAGGAGUUA